CUCUCACGACCAUAAUCACUCCCGACAGCAAAGAUGGCGGCGGAGCGCCACUGACUCGUCUCCACAACGAGUUGUCAAGUUUGAUUCACUUGCUGCAUUUUCUUUCCGGAGUCCACCAGCUUCGCGUCAAGAUUCUUUAGUCAUGGAGGAAAUGUUGUGAGAACACAAGGAGGAUAUUUGUAUAAGGAGUUAACCUUGAUAACUCACCGGUUUUGCCGUUGUGUUGCUGAGUGUGUAGCCGAGCAGCUAAAAUGGCUCCAGUGCAGAUCGGGUCAGAUGGGCAGCUCGUCCCUCUUGGGGGUCCGGUUUUUUCGGGUCCGCAGCCGCCACCACCAGGUGCCCCGGCUACGCAGGGUGUGCGACUGAGUCUGCUUAUUGAAUUUCUUCUCCAGAGGACUUACCAUGAAAUUACCCUGCUAGCAGAACUACUCCCCAGAAAAACGGACAUGGAGAGGAAAAUCGAGAUUGUCCAGUUUGCAAGUCGUACCAGGCAGCUUUUUGUACGACUUCUAGCUCUGGUAAAGUGGGCGAGCAAUGCAGGGAAAGUUGAGAAGUGUGCGAUGAUCUCCAGCUUUCUGGAUCAACAAGCCAUCUUGUUUGUGGACACAGCUGACAGACUGGCAUUACUAGCUAGGGAUGCUCUUGUACAUGCUCGUUUACCCAGUUUUGCCAUUCCCUUUGCCAUUGAUGUGCUGACCACUGGAUCAUACCCACGUUUACCGACAUGCAUACGAGAUAAGAUCAUUCCCCCAGAUCCCAUUACGAAAGCUGAAAAGCAGACCACUUUGAGCCAGCUUAACCAGAUUUUACGUCACCGGCUGGUCACUACAGAUUUACCACCCCAGCUGGCAAAUCUGACUGUUGCUAACGGCCGUGUGAAGUUUCGUGUAGAAGGAGAGUUUGAGGCCACCUUAACUGUCAUGGGGGAUGAUCCUGAUAUUCCUUGGAGGCUGUUGAAGUUGGAGAUUCUAGUUGAGGACAAAGAAACUGGAGAUGGCCGAGCCCUGGUGCACAGCCUACAGGUGAACUUCAUCCAUGAGUUGGUCCAGGCACGCCUUUGUGCAGAUGAGAAGCCUCUGCAGGACAUGUACAACUGCUUGCACUCCUUCUGUCUGUCGCUGCAGCUAGAGGUGCUCCACUCCCAGACACUAAUGCUGAUCAGAGAGCGCUGGGGAGACCUGGUGCAGGAGGAGAGAUACAUGCCUGCGAAAUACCUCACCCUCUCUGUCUGGAACCAACAAGUUUUGGGUAGAAAGACGGGCACGGCAUCUGUUCAUAAAGUAACGAUCAGGAUUGAUGAAUCAGAUGGAUCCAAGCCAUUACAAAUAUCUCACGAGCCUCCUCUGCCUGCCUGCGACUCCAAAUUAAUGGAGAGAGCUAUGAAGAUCGACCACCUGUCAGUGGAAAAGCUUCUGAUUGACAGCGUUCACGCCCGGGCUCAUCAGAAGCUGCAGGAACUCAAGACCGUUUUAAAAACCAGCAACCCCAGUGACAACUCAUUUAUUGAGACGGCUCUGCCAACCCUGGUUAUUCCAAUACUGGAGCCCUGUGGCCGUUCAGAGUGCCUGCACAUCUUUGUUGACCUUCACUCGGGCAUGUUUCAACCCAUGCUGUAUGGAUUAGAUCAGUCCAUACUGGAUGACAUUGAAAAGAACGUCAACGAUGAUAUGAAGCGCAUACUAACUUGGCUUCAGCAACUCAAGUUCUGGUUGGGGGAGCAGCGAUGUCGACAGUCCGUGAAACACCUUCCCACCGUUUGCACCGAUAUCGUCCACCUCUCCAAUUCAGCCUCUCACCCUGUCGGCAGCUUGUCCAAACACAAACUCUUCAUUAAGCUCACUCGUCUUCCUCAGUACUACAUUGUGGUGGAAAUGUACGAAGUCCUUAGCAGUCCCACGGCGUUGCAGUAUAAGUACUCUUUCCUCUCCGUGUCCCAGUUAGAGGGGGACGAUGGACCCAUGUGUGCACAGCUUUUGCAGCAUUUUAAGCCAAACCUGGAACACCUUGCCCAAGACACUACAGGGAAAGAUGCUCGGCCUGGGACAAAGAGAAAGGUUUAUGGAGAGCAGGGAGACCCAGAACCAAAGAAGCCGAAGAGAUCUGGAGAAAUGUGUGCGUUCAACAAAGAACUGGCUCAUCUCGUAGCCAUGUGUGACACCAACAUGCCUUUCAUUGGCUUAAGAUCAGAGCUUUCCAACAUGGAGAUCCCAAAUGAAGGUGUCCAAGUGGAAGGAGAUGGCAGCAGUCAUGCGAUACGGCUGCUGAGAAUUCCUGACUGUAAAGAUGUAGGAGAGGAGACCAGGAAGGCUUUAGCGCAUUCCCUCCUGGACUGCACUUUCCGUCUGCAGGGCAGGAACAACAGAACCUGGGUGGCUGAGUUGGUGCUGGCCAACUGUCCUCUCAACAGCACACACAGCAAGGAGCAAGCCUCCACGCGUCACGUGUACCUGACCUAUGAAAACCCUCUGUCAGAGCCGGUGGGGGGGAGGAAGGUUGUUGAGAUGUUUCUGAAUGACUGGAAAGCCAUCAGUCAGCUCUACCAGUGUGUUCUCAACUUCUCACGUGCACUGCCAGACAUGCCGUCUAACCUGAGCGUAUUCUCAGAGGUGCGACUGUAUAACUACCGUAAGCUGGUGCUGUGUUAUGGCUCCACCAAAGGCAGCUCUGUCACCAUUCAGUGGAACUCCGGCAGCCAGCGCUUUCAUUUAGCGCUGGGAACUGUGGGGCCCAACUCGGGCUGCUCCAACUGCCAUAACAUCAUCCUGCACCAGCUACAGGACAUGUUCAACAAGAGUCCCAGUGUGAUGCAGCUUCUGCAGGUUCUUUCUGACACACAGGCCCCUCUCAAUGCAAUCAACAAGUUACCAACGGUGCCCAUGCUUGGCCUCACCCAGCGCACCAACACCGCCUACCAGUGUUUCUCCAUCCUUCCCCAGUCUCCCACUCACAUCCGACUUGCGUUCCGAAACAUGUACUGCAUCGACAUUUACUGCCGCAGCCGCGGAGUGGUGGCCAUUAGGGACGGCGCCUACAGUUUGUUUGACAACAGCAAGAUUGUAGAAGGCUUUCACCCUGCUCCAGGACUCAAGACAUUUCUGACCAUGUUUGUGGACAGCAGUCAAGAUGCUCGCAGGCGUUCGGUUAAUGAAGACGACAACCCCCCCUCGCCAGUGGGUGCAGAUGUGAUGGACAGCCUGACGAACCAGCUGCAAGCUUCUCAGCAACCACAGACCAUGAGGGGGGGCGCGGGAGGCGUCUAUCCUCCUCUGACGUCGCCUCCACCAAAUUACCACGCCAAUGUAACUCCAUCACCAUCCAUGAUGCCCACCCAGUCACCAGGGAACAUCCAUGCCUCUGGCUCCCCUAGUGGAGCUUUGAGGGCACCCUCUCCUUUCGGCCCCACCCCGUCUCCAUCUUCCCUGGGCAUAGCCAUGGGCCAAACCAGCUUUGCCAGUCCCCACGGUCCCCUGGACCCCAGCUCUCCAUACACCAUGGUGUCUCCCAGCCACAGGGGCCAGUGGCCAGUCUCACCACAAGUUUCAGGACCUUCUCCCGGUCCAAGGAUCCCUGGCAUGUCUCCCGGUAAUCCUUUGCUGCACUCCCCUAUUCCUGACCCUCAUUCUCCACGUGCUGGGACCAGUUCCCAAGUGCCCACCACUAUGCCUCCUCCCCGAAAGCUACCUCAGCGCCCCUGGGCGGCCUCCAUUCCUACUGUUCUUACCCACAAUGCCUUACACGUGCUUCUGCUCCCUUCACCCACUCCCUGCCUUGUGCCUGGCCUGGCAGGCAGCUACCUCUGCUCACCACUGGAGCGCUUUCUGGGUUCGGUUAUCAUGAAGCGACACCUGCAGAGGAUCAUCCAGCUGGAGGCCAACCUGUCUUUGGUGAACUCCAACGAGCCGGGUGUGAUCAUGUUCAAAACGGACAUCCUCAAGUGCCGCGUGGCUCUGAAUUCGAAGAACUACCAGACGCUGCAGCUAAAAGUCACACCGGAAAAUGCAGGUCCGUGGUCCCAGGAGGAGCUUCAGGUGCUGGAGAGGUUCUUUGAGACCCGAGUUGCAGGUCCACCUUUUAAAUACAACACUUUGAAUGCCUUCACAAAGCUUCUGGGGGCUCCCACCAACGUUCUUAGGGACUGCGUACGCAUCAUGAAGCUCGAGCUGUUCCCCGACCAGGCUGGACAGCUCAAGUGGAACGUCCAGUUCUGCCUCACCAUUCCUCCCAGUGCCCCCCCCAUCGCCCCUCCUGGGACCGUUGCAGUUGUGCUCAAGUCAAAGAUGCUUUUCUUUCUGCAGCUGACCCAGCGUAUCCCAGCGCCCCAGGAACCAGUGAGCAUUAUUGUUCCCAUUGUGUACGACAUGGCCACAGGCCUCACUCAGCAGGCCGACAUCCCCCGGCAGCACAGCUCGUCGGGUGCUGCAGCACUCCUGGUCUCUAAUAUCCUCAAAAGGUUCAAUGAGUUGCAUCCUGCAAGGACGGGUGAGUGUACCAUAUUUGCAUCUGUUCACGAGCUGAUGGCCAGCCUGAAUCUUCCUCCCGGCACUCGACAGUAGAAACAAAAGAUCAACAACAUCCCCUCGAUGGAGGACCUCCAAGCUUCUAAGUAUUAAAGCUGUCCAUGAUGUCCCAGUCCACCAUGCGCCCUCUCUUCUGCUGAUAGCCGUCACCUGAUGCAUAGUUGCUGUUAAGAGACGAGCACACAGACGGGUGUGGGUUAUAGGUUUUGCUCUUUGUUUCUCAAAGGUCAACACUGAAUGCAAAGCAAUGUAAAUAUUCAAUUUUUUCCUCUCCAGUGCACUUGGAAGCAAGAUUGUGUUUGAUAAUUAUGGCUGUUUACAAAAUUAUGUACAUUGUUGUAAAUUUGCUUGCCCAAAGAUUCGGGGUUAGAUCAAUGCGAGAUCCCUGUUUCUGUCAUAUGCCUGAUAUUAUUGUAGUAUCUGGGCAUGGAUCCUCAGCACAUAUUUAGUUAUCUUCUUGCCUUUGAUUUGUCAGUGUACCUGCAUUUUUAUUUUGUUUUCUAUACUGUAAAACUGUGAUAAACUUUAUAAGCCAGUUGUAUUUUAUUAAGACCCGUUUUGAGUCUCGAUAGAAGGAUUUGAGACUCGUUGUCUGACUUUGCUAUUUAAUAAACCCACGUCAGAGUUUG